AGCGCUUUCUUUACACUCAGCCGCUGAGCAGCUCCUAAGAUGGCUCAAACCUGGGUCCAGAACGAUGACGACCGUCUAAACAGCGAUGCCCAACUCUCCCAUAACAGGAAGGUGCCCAAAAGGAUGGCCUCGCUGAUGGAGCUGAAGGAGGUCUUCCACAACGCCGACGCCGUCUGCUUCGACGUGGACAGCACGGUCAUCCGGGAGGAAGGCAUCGACGAGCUCGCCAAGUUCUGCGGCGUCGGAGACGCGGUGGCGGAAAUGACCCGCAGGGCCAUGGGUGGUUCGGUCACGUUCAAGGCAGCGUUGACGGCACGGCUGGGACUCAUACGCCCUUCCUGUGAACAAGUGCAGAAGCUAAUAUCGGAGCAUCCCCCCCAGUUAACGCCAGGAAUAAGGGAACUGGUCAACCGGCUCCACCAACGAGGGGUCCAGGUCUUCUUAAUCUCUGGAGGGUUUCAAAGCAUCGUCGAGCACGUCGCCUCCCAGCUCAACAUUCCCGUCUCCAACGUCUUCGCCAACCGCUUGAAGUUCUACUUUAACGGAGAAUAUGCCGGCUUUGAUGAAACACAGCCCACCGCUGAAUCUGGCGGCAAAGGACAAGUUAUAAGUUACCUAAAGGAGCAGUUUCAGUUUAAGAAGGUGGUGAUGAUCGGAGAUGGAGCGACGGAUAUGGAAGCCUGCCCUCCAGCGGACUGUUUCAUCGGCUUUGGCGGCAACGUCGUGCGGAAGCAAGUCAAGGAAAAAGCAAAAUGGUACAUCACCCACUUCGACGAGCUGCUGAAGGAACUGGAGGAGCGAUAAAUUAUAAACUAGGCUUAUUUUAUUAACACUUGUCAUAGGUAGAUGUAUGAUUAUGCAAUUAAACAAGUUCGUAUUGUUAUUUGCAAAUGUAA